AUGGACAGCACGGAUAGCUCAAGAAACAUGCAGUCUCAAUCUGCCCAAAGCCCUUGCAAAAACCAUAACUCCAUACCAUUACCACUUGAAACAGAAAACUUUGACGGAGAUGGUGAGAAAAGAAGCAAGAAGCUCACAAAUGGAGGAAACAACAAUGGAAGAAGAUUCCUUGGGGUCAGACAAAGACCAUCGGGUAGAUGGGCAGCUGAGAUCAAGGACUCUUCCCAGAAGCUGAGGCUAUGGCUAGGGACUUUUGAUGGAGCAGAAGAGGCUGCCUUGGCUUAUGAUAGAGCAGCAAGGCUUUUGCGAGGAAGGAAUGCAAAGACCAACUUUCAGUAUCAUGGGGUAACGAAUACCUAUGAAGAAAACUGCAAUCUACUAGGAAAGAAUCCAAGGCUUUAUCAACUUCUUCAGCUAUCAAUCAUGAAGAACCAUGCAAGAUCAACAUCUCUCAAAUCCAUUAAUGGAGUUCCUUGGAUAAAUCAAAAUACAGGAAACAAAGUCGACCCCGUCGAUUUUGAUUCGCUCGUUGAAGAAACUAUAUUUUGUUCUUCAACUUCAGUUCAUGAUGAGCGUAGCAAUAACAAGCUUUGCCAGCACUCAUUUGGCAGUUCUAGGGUUUAUUCUUCUGUUGUUGUAGCUCCUUCCUUUUGUACUUCUUUAGACUAA